CGUCCAUUAUUAUCUUUUCAAAUGCCAUUUCAAUUCCGGCGUCCUUCACUCGGACCCAACAUAAAUCCAGAAUGAAGAGCAAUCAAUUGAAUGUGAAGAUAUUAAUCAUCGGAACGAGAAAUGCCGGAAAGUCGAGUAUAGCAAAUUUCUUAGCCGAUAUGAGUCUGGAAGUGCCGGAUUCAAUGAGACCGACGGAUUCACUCCGGAUUUUGGAAUACGAUCUGCACGAUGUGGAUGUUAAUGGGACUAAGAGUAAUGUGGACGUGCAGUUAUGGGACACGAGCGGAAACGAGAAAUGCGUUUCGUUUUGGCCGUUUUGGAGGAAAAACGCCGACGGCGUCGUCUUUGCGUAUUCAAAUGAGGACGAAGAUUACGGAAAGAAACUGGAUUACAUGCACAAUUACUUCGUCAGUCAGCAGGGCCUCAGCUUAAGGGCAUGUUUAGUUUGCACACUGAACUCUCCAGCGGAUAAUUCGGCGAAAUUACCUCAGGUCUUCAAUAAAAUCUCUCAGAUCAACGUCAACCUGGAAAACAACGCCGAAAAGUUUCGACAAGAGUUUGCCAAGUACAUUGUCUCCGUAGCUAACAACCUCACCAAUAAAUAAACAAGUUUUCGCAAAGUUCAAUAUUCUCUGUAAACUACAACUAUACGAUAUAACUGUUUUUA